ACACUCGGAUUUACCAAAGCCAAAAAGUUCUUGUUCUGCACUGAGAACAGUACAGUUGAUUUCCACUAGAACUCCAUUGAAUCCAAGCUUUCCAUGCUAAACCAAAGUAAAAAAGAUUCCUAAAUUCUUUUAUUAGAUAGUGCUUGAGUGCUACGCCAUAUUUGUGAUGCGCGUCGUUAACAAUCGACGCGUAUUCCUUAUCGAGCUCGAUAUUUUUAACGUUUCAGCAUAAGUUCGUUCAAUAGUAAUUACGUAGAUUAUGUGCGAGUAAGAUUUCGUUUUGAGCGACUAAGUCUAGUGUACAAAAGUGUUACGACGUCAUCGCUGUCAGUGCUGUUUUAAUCUACUAGACAAACAUUUAGCAGUUUUAAUUUAUCUAAAAGUGCGGAUAAUUGGCAAUUGCCUUUGGUCUUUAAAUUAAUGAAUUGUCUACAUUUUUCUGGCUAAGCGACUUUUACUCUUUCCUUCAAUUCCCAAUUCUAUAUAUUCAGUUAUCACGUAAUCCCAAACUGGAUCUCAAAGGAGGUAUGAAAACUUAUGUGCGUAGGAAGAAGGGCGAUAGCCCUAGUAAUGUUAUUUUACAUCUGAAUGAACUCUGUCGACUAUGUCUGGCUAAAGAUGAGGAAAUGGUACCGAUAUAUGAUGAAGAAACAAUCCCACUUCCACUCAGAAUUAUGGCUUGUCUUAAUCUCGAGGUAUAUGAAGAAGAUGGUCUUCCAAAUAUGAUAUGUCAUCCUUGUAAAUACCAACUUGAAAAAUCUUAUCAAUUUAAAAAGAAAUGUGAAACAGCAGAUAUAAAAUUACGCAAACAUGUGAAACUUAUUCAUCAAUUGACUGGUCCUGAAGAUAAUGAUUCAAUAAGUCAAGAUUCUCGAUCUGAAAAUGAGCAGCUACAAUCUAACAGUGGAAAAUCAAGAAGAGUUAAACAAUUACUUGCUGAUUUGGUAUCAACAAAAAUAGACACAGCUGACAGUCAAACAGUAGGAGAUCCAAUUGAAGUAACAGAAGAAGAGUUGGUUGGUGGUUAUAUACUAGGAGUAGGUGCUGAAAAUGCUGAUAUGGAAGAUAAUUUUUCAGAAGAUCCAGAGAAUAUUACCUUGGUUCCAACUGAAGAACGAUCUGCUAAAGCACGUUGUACAAUAAGAGGAUCAAGGAUUAAGCAAGAGCAAGAAUCUGAUGAAGAACCUGAUGAAAUUCAAAGAGAAUUAAUUAGCUCUGAUAAUCAAAAAGUAUACAGAGUAGAUGUCUUGAAUCAAAGUUCAUCUGAGUUACAACAGCAUUCAGCUAUUGUGGAAACCAGUGAAGAGCUUAAAGUAUUUCAAUGUGAUAAAUGUCCAAAGGCCUUUACAAGACGAAUCAUGCUAAAGAGUCAUCAAUCAGUACACAGUACACAGAGAGGCUUCACGUGUCAAGCUUGCGAGAAAUGGUUCCCAACACGAUCAGCUUUGGUACGUCAUGAACGGACCCACACUGGUGAAAAACCAUUUGGAUGUAAUAUAUGUCAUCGGGCUUUUGCCCAAAAAGAAAUUCUUUUACGUCACUUAAUGACUCAUUCUGGACAAAAACCUUUUCAAUGCCAACAUUGUGAAAAAAGUUUCACACAACGUGAAGCACUAAAAGUACAUAUGCGCCGACAUCAAAAGCUCGACCCUAACGACAUUAAGUUACAUCACUGCCAGUUGUGCCCUAAAGCAUUUUGUCAUGCUUCUGGAUUGAGUAGGCAUCUUGUGACACACACUGGCAGAACUUAUAAAUGUGUUGAAUGUGAAAAAUCUUUCACUGAUAAAAGUUCACUUCUACGUCAUAGUCGCAUUCAUGCGCCUAAACCAAUUAUAACUAAUAAAGUUUAAUCUUUUGUUUCCCAAGUAAAAUGAAAAAUCUCAUUUAAUCAUAUUCAAUGGCUUAUUAAUUAGUACUAUCUUCUUUUUCAAUAAAAAAAUAUAUUUUAAAAUAUUGUUCAUAUUUAUUUAUUCUUAAUGUUCAUUUUUUAUUGUCAACUUUCAGGGCAUUUUCUUGUUUAGCAGUUGUAAAGAGGGUUCCACACAGUGGAAAAAGUAUUUAAUCAGUCCUAAUUGCUCAUGAUGCUCUCAUUUUGAAGAACUAAAAGAAAUAAAUGUGGAAAUAAUUCUUUCACAGUAUAAAGUUUUUAAAAAUCUUUUGCCAAAUUAAUUACAUAUUUUUGUUUGUUUAUAAAAAAUUAUAAUAUCGAAAGUUAUGAAAAGAGUAACUUCAACCAACAACUUAUAUAAAUUUUCGUAAAUAAAAUUUUUUUAAAUAUUACUCUACUUGUUAAUGUUCCAAGAAUGCAUGUAUCAACUUUGAAAUUUUAAUUUGCCAGACCAGCAUACAGGAAUUUAUUCCUCUGCUGGGAAUGUGUAAUGUAUUGUGUAACGUAUUGUAAAAUUUGCUUAAGUUGAUUGUGCAGUAUUCUGGUUAAUAAAUAAACAAUAAAUAAAUAAAUAUUGAUUGGAAAAAAUUAUAGAAGCA